UCCUUGUCCAAGCCCAGUGCGCUGCGCUCCGUCGCCCCGUCCGCAUCUUCAGCAGCCUAACCCGUACUGUUAGUACUGUUAAGGAAUGGAACCUACGGAAAAGAAAUGAGGAUUAUUCUUUAGUCGGUCAUCUGAAUCUAUAGAAGAGCACAUAGACAACACGCAGAAACAAUAGUCGAAGUGAGUGGCUGAAGCGCGAAGGCACCAUGGGCUGCGUGGGCUCAAAGAAGGAGCAGGAGCCUCUCAGCAAAGGGACGGGUAACGACGAUCUGCAGAACCGUGCGCAGACAGCCCACUAUGUCAAAGACCCCACCGCAGGGAACUCCAUGAGCAAAGCUAGCAAAAUGCCAUCCAAUGCAAUCUCUUCAGAUGGAGAGAGUAUUGCCAUGGCCCUGUUCGACUAUGAAGCCAUUCAUGACGGUGACCUUGGCUUCAAGAAGGGAGAUAAACUCAAAAUCUUAGAGGAAUCGGGGGAGUGGUGGAGAGCUAUGUUAAUCAGUUCAGGUCAGGAAGGCUACAUCCCCAGUAAUUAUGUGGCCAAAGAUACUCUGGAGGCAGAAGAGUGGUUCUUUAAGGGCGUGAGCAGGAAAGAUGCUGAGAGGCAGCUGCUGGCCCCUGGCAACAAAUUGGGAUCCUACAUGAUCCGAGACAGUGAGACCACCCAGGGCAGCUACUCCCUGUCUGUCAGGGACCUUGAUGCUCAUUCCGGUGACACUGUUAAACAUUAUAAGAUCCGUACGCUGGACAACGGAGGGUUCUACAUCUCCCCCCGCAACACCUUCAGCACCCUGCAGGAGCUGGUCAACCAUUACAAGAAGCAGGGAGAUGGCCUCUGCCAAACGCUGACCAACCCGUGCUUGAGCCCCAAACCUGAGAAACCGUGGGAGAAAGAUGCCUGGGAAAUCCCGAGAUCAUCCCUCAAACUGGAAAGGAAGCUUGGUGCUGGCCAGUUUGGAGAAGUCUGGAUGGCUACAUACAAUAAGCACACCAAAGUUGCAGUGAAGACCAUGAAGCCUGGCAGCAUGUCAGUGGAAGCCUUCAUGGGCGAGGCCAACCUGAUGAAAAGUCUACAGCACGACAAACUGGUCCGACUCAAUGCCGUGGUCAGCAAGGAGGAGCCUAUCUAUAUCAUCACAGAGUUCAUGGAGAAAGGUAGUUUAUUAGACUUCUUAAAGAGCGAUGAGGGCAACCGUGUCCAGCUCCCCAAACUCAUCGACUUCUCGGCCCAGAUCGCAGAGGGCAUGGCCUACAUUGAGCAGAGGAACUACAUCCACAGAGACCUGAGAGCUGCCAACAUCCUGGUCAAUAAGGCUUUAGUGUGCAAAAUUGCUGACUUUGGCCUCGCUCGCAUCAUUGAAGACAACGAGUACACAGCCAGGGAAGGAGCCAAAUUCCCCAUCAAAUGGACAGCCCCUGAGGCCAUCAACUACGGCUCUUUCACCAUCAAAUCUGACGUCUGGUCCUUUGGCAUCUUGCUGACUGAAAUUAUCAGCUAUGGACGCACACCAUACCCAGGGAUGACUAACCCAGAAGUGAUCCGUUCCCUGGAGAAGGGCUACCGAAUGCAGCGCCUGGACAGCUGUCCCACCGAACUCUAUGAAAUCAUGCUGGAGUGCUGGAAGAACAAGCCUGAGGACCGUCCCACCUUUGAUUACCUGCAAAGUGUCCUGGAGGAUUUCUACACAGCCACAGAGAGCCAGUAUCAGCAGCAGCCAUGAGAAUUAACAUCCACAGAUGGGUUUUCUCUUAUAGUACUGUUCCAUUCAUACGUAACAACAAGUCAAGUUUAUAUGUGCAGCAGUGCAAUUCAGAGCCCACACAUACACAUCCACACACACACACACACACACAUCCACACACAUGCUCUCUCUUUACCAUUCUCUCUCCGUCUGUCUCUCUUUCUCUUUCUCUUUCUCAUUCAUCUACACAUAAUGUAUUGCAACAAGGGACUGUACAAAAAUUAUUGGGGAGGGUUGAUACUUUAUUAACAAUUUUUUUAAGGAAGCUAUGCAUCACUGUUUCUAAAAAAUUUUUGUAUUUUUAUUGGGCCCUCCGUCCUUUGAAUAAGAACAUUAUAAAGUAAAAUCACCACAGAUGAGAGACGCAACAUAUAAAAGCAAUAUAAAGAGUAAUUGUUAUUAUUUCUAUUAAAAUAUUGUCACAACUCAAUCCUACCUCAUACUUAGGUCAGGGACACAGCACAACAUAGCACAUGACCACAGCUGCAUCAACUGGAUAUUCAUCUUCACAAAACUGACCACAAAUCAUCUGGAUGCACACCAGCAGCAGUCUUGUAAAUCACAUUGACAUAUGCAGUAGUCACCAGUGCAUAAUAUGUGCAGACAUAUAUACUGUAUGUGUUAGUUUUAUCUGCAGCUAUAUGUCAUGUGGAUCACUAUAUUUCGGGAAAAACCUGCAAAUCAUUUUGCACAGAAAACAUUUGACCUGAUAUCUAAUGCAUAUCGCUCUCUAGGGAUGAUUACUGGUGACGGGUCAUUUUCAUUACUGAGCUUUGGAGGUAAGGUGUGGGCUGCAAAACUGGACCCAUGCAAGACUCUUCUCUACAUGUACAAGUGAAAAUAGCAUGUCUUGGCUUGGAUAGGCCCUGCUGAUGCAGAGGGUACUUCUAACAAAUUUGCAAGAGAAGGCUGAGGGGAAACAGGCCCUCCACUGUGCUGUAAAAAACAUUCUGACUACUUUUUUU